ACAAAAUGGCUGCCUCCAAGAGCGCAAUAAGUGCAAGUACUAGUAUUUCAAAAGCAGAUUACUUAAAGCGCUAUUUAUCAAAAGACGAAGAUGGCAAGAAGUCAAAAGAGAAGAAAGUUAAGAAAAAACGCCCUAAAUUCGCCGGGAGAGGGAUGAAAAUUGUCGAUGAUGACAUUGACUGGAGGGAACUGGCUGUAAACAUGGAAGAGAAGGAGAACAAGGAUGAAGAUGAUGAGGAGGAGGCGCCUGUGAUUGCAGAAAUAAUAGAUGAGCGUCCAGAUGAUGUCAAGCAACUUGAAGUCUUUAGAUCUAGUAACAAGUGGAAAGUUCUGGGAGCCACAAAUGAAGAAUCGCAAGAAGUCCUGCAUUCUGUAACAAGUUCUCCAGUACAAAGAGGACGCCACGAUUCUCCCGAUCUCUCGCCCAAGAGGAAGUCUCGCCACGAUUCUCCCGAUCUCUCGCCCAAGAGGAAGUCUCGCCACGAUUCUCCCGAUCUCUCGCCCAAGAGGAAGUCUCGCCACGAUUCUCCCGAUCUCUCGCCCAAGAGGAAGUCUCGCCACGAUUCUCCCGAUCUCUCGCCCAAGAGGAAGUCUCGCCACGAUUCUCCCGAUCUCUCGCCCAAGAGGAAGUCUCGCCAUGAUUCUCCCGAUCUCUCGCCCAAGAGGAAGUCUCGCCACGAUUCUCCCGAUCUCUCGCCCAAGAGGAAGUCUCGCCACGAUUCUCCCGCUCUCUCGCCCAAGAGGAAGUCUCGCCACGAUUCUCCCGAUCUCUCGCCCAAGAGGAAGUCUCGCCACGAUGCUCCCGAUCUCUCGCCCAAGAGGAAGUCUCGCCACGAUUCUCCAGACCUUUCACCUCCCAGACACAGAACAGACACCAAACGGAGACAGCAUGACUCCUCAUCACCUUCUCCUCCACGAAAAACACAAAAACACCACCAUAAAGAUUCUCCACAAAGAGACAAGUCCAAAUCAUCUUCAGCUGGACGUGUGCCAGACUUGGGCCUGUCCCCACCACGAAGACGUCCUAACACCCGACAGGACUCGGGCUCUGAUCUGUCUCCCCCCAGGAAAAGAGCACAAGGAGGCAGAGGAUCUGAUUCUGACCUGUCUCCUCCCAGGAAGAGGCCACAGGAUAAACGUGGAUCAGACUCCGAUCUGUCUCCUCCUCGUAGAACACGCCCUCCUGCUGCACAGAUGGGGCCUCAAAUGUUAUCUGGUGGAGCUGCUGGUCUGGUGUCUUCUGAAACCCUGCGGAAAGAGCAGGAGGAACUGCGCAGAAGGGAAAAAUACAACCGCCCACUAGAAGAGGAGUCCCGUCUUGCAGAGACUGUUUUUCGAGAUAAAACAGGAAAGAAGCGUGACCUGGAGUCCGAGCGUGCUGAGCAGAGCAGGAAAGCGGGGGAGAAGGCAGAGAAGGAUGAGAAAUAUGCACAGUGGGGCAAAGGACUGGUGCAGACUCAGAUGCAGCAGCAGAACGUAGCUGAUGCACUCCGAGAGGCUCAGAAACCACUGGCGCGUCACAUUGAUGAUGAAGACCUGGACAAGAUGCUGAGAGAGCAGGAGAGAGAGGGAGACCCAAUGGCUGCUCUCCUGCGCAAGAAGAAGGAGAAGAACGCAAAAACCAAAGGGGUCAAAGACAGACCUCGUUACCAGGGUCCACCUCCACCCCCAAAUCGCUUCAAAAUCAUGCCGGGAUAUCGCUGGGAUGGAGUAGACAGAUCUAAUGGGUUUGAACAGAAGCGUUUCACCAGAAUAUCAGAUAAGAAAGCUGUGCAAGAGGAAGCAUACAAAUGGAGUGUGGAGGACAUGUAGAUACACAUCAGCGUGCGUGUGUGCAUGCGCAUGCAUGUUGCUGUAAUUCACCAGCUUGGACUAGGUUGUCUGAAUGGACCUUCUGAUGAACAUGUCAUUUGCGUUAUCAACCAAACUACAUACCGUACAUUUUGUGAGUUUUAAGGACUUGAACAGUUGUAUAUGUGUAUCUGGUUUAUUUUGUGAGGUUUAUUAAAUGUUGUGUUUUCUUAAA